AUGUCUCAGUACCCAUCCUGGGGGACUCAGCCAUGGAGGGGAUGGGGGGCUGCCUGCCCGCACUCGCCGCUUCCCCCUCCCCGGCUCCGCGAUGCUUUAAUCACAUUUUCAAUUCAAAUCUGCUGCUAUUUGAUCCGCCGGGGGUUGGCGGCGGGGAGAGGGGGGAGUAUUUUUAGCUGUGCUUAAAGCUGCCGUGGUGGCUGAGGGAGAGCGGGCAGGUUGCUGUGGCCGGGCAGAGUUGGACGGGAUCCCCCCCGCCCCGGCUGCCGCCUCCUCUUUUUCUUCCUCCUCCUUCUCCUCCUCUUUGCACAUCUGAGGGCGGCAGCGGGGCUGGCUCCCCCCUCCCGGAGGUCGCCUUUGUUUUCCCCGAGUCGCUCUCCCGAGCAGCCGAGGGGAUCGGGAGGGGGCCGGGGCCGGGCUGGACCAGACCGGCCGCCCCUUCUCCUCCUCGCCCCACAGCGGAGUUGGUUCGGUCUCCCCCCGGGCAGCUCUUCCCGGCCGCCGGGACCCCCCAUGGCACCGCCGCGAUGUUCGUGUCCCGGCUCCUGGAUUUCCAGAAGACGCGCUACGCCAGGUUCAUGAAUCACCGCGUCCCAUCCAACUGCAGGUACCAGCCGACGGAGUAUGAGCACGCAGCGAACUGUGCUACCCAUGCAUUCUGGAUCCUGCCCAGCAUCCUUGGCAGCUCCAUCCUCUACAUCCUUUCCGAUGACCAGUGGGAAACUAUCUCAGCAUGGAUCUAUGGCUUUGGCUUGUCCAGCCUCUUCAUUGUCUCCACCAUCUUCCACACCAUCUCUUGGAAGAAGAGGCAUCUCAGGACUGUGGAGCACUGCUUGCACAUGUUCGACAGGAUGGUGAUCUACUUCUUCAUUGCAGCAUCAUACGCUCCCUGGCUGAACCUGAGGGAGUUGGGUCCCUGGGCCUCCCACAUGCGCUGGAUCAUCUGGAUCAUGGCAUCUGUCGGGACUGUCUAUGUUUUCUUCUUCCAUGAGCGGUACAAGCUGGUGGAGCUGGUGUGCUACAUUAUCAUGGGCUUCUUCCCUGCCUUGGUCAUCCUCUCCAUGCCCAACAGGGAUGGUCUCCCGGAGCUGGUGGCCGGUGGAUUCUCCUACUGCCUGGGCAUGGUCUUCUUCAAAAGCGAUGGCCGCAUCCCCUUCGCCCAUGCCAUCUGGCACCUCUUCGUGGCCAUUGGAGCUGGCAUCCACUACUAUGCCAUUUGGAGGUACCUCUACCGGCCCGGCACACUGGAGGUUGAAACAUCCCGGUAGAUGCCUUAAAGACCAGCACAUGGGGGCAUGAGAGGAGCGGGGAGACAGCCUGUGCCAUGGGCUCACCCCAAACCACCCACUUGCCCCAUGGGCAGCUGCUGCUGGUGCCCUUCCUGCACAGACAGGAGAGUCUGGAGGUUGUUUUUAAACAGAUUUUCCUUUUUUAACCUUGGGAACUGUUUGGUUUUUAGGCACAGGUUUUGUAACACAGUGACCGACCAAGGGGCUGCUGGUGACAGCGGAGUGACCGUGUGCCAGGGGCUCGGGGGGGCUUCACUCACCUGCCUGGCCCUGAGCAUCCCAUGGGAGCAGAGACCUUGGCCCCACAAGCCUCUGGCUAGUGACACCCUGGGCUUGGCUGCUGGAGCCCUUAGUAUGGGCCACCCAAGGGACUGGAGGAGUCAGGAUGAGGGGAGAGAUCUGGCCCCUUUCCCCUGGGAUGCUCCAGCCAGGGAGGGGGCACAUUGGCACCCCUGCUUCAUGUGGGCCUAAAUGGACCUAAAUCAUUCCAGCAUUAACAACUCCCUCCCAAGUUCUCUAUGGGAAGGUCCAGAGACAACAAAGCCUUAUAUGAUAUUGAAACUGGGAUCUCUUCCAGGGCACCCUGGAGUCCUCAAUCACUGGAGAACCCUUUCUCUAAGCCAGUAUUAGGCACGCAACUCAGUACAUUCCCCCUAGAUGGGCCCUGGGAGCGCACCAGGACAUUUUCUCCCUGGGGUGCUUUGUUUUCCUCUCCAAUCUCAGUGCCGUGGCAGAUUCAAAGCACAGCCCAACUCCCAGGCUCUUACCUGUGCCUUCAGCAGAGAGCAGAGGGGGGGAUCCGGAUCCUGGCAUCCACCUGGCUGGGGUCAGCCCAUCCACAUCAAGGGAUUUUCUUUCUCCUUGAGGGAGGGAAGUGAACCUCCUUGGAUUGGGAUCAUGAGGCUGCCUGCCUUCUCUGCUUCCAUUCUGGUGAUGACCCUAUUGCUCAUCAUCAUUAAUUUCACUUCUGGGAGGAUUUCUGGCAUUCCCAGGGAUGAAGAUGCAGAGAAGAGAUCCAUCUGAGUGGUGCUUGGAAGUGAGCUGUGAUGGAGAGGUCCUAGUGAUCCUCAGUUUUUAAACACCUAACCACAUCUACACAGUGCUUUCCAGAGUAGGAUAACAAGAUAUGGAACACCCAUCCAGCCAUCAGGAGUAGCCUGAUUGAUAGUGCUGGAAUGGGAAAACCACGCUUGGUCUGCUCCCCAAACACAGCUACUGGAGCUGUUAAGGGCUGGUGUGUGCCAGGGUCUCUGCUGGGAGCCUGCAGAGCAGCACUGCUCUCAGUACUGCCUGCAUCUUCCCCAGGAGCCCCUGAAGGCAUUGAUUUCCCAUCAUCUCCUUUUGGUCUCUUGAUUAAUCGUAUCUGCAGCAGCCUUGGCACAAGGCAAGUAAAGGAGAUUUAUGGCCACUGUCCCACAUCUCCUGUUUCUCUGGUAGCCAAGGAGCCAAGCUCCAGGCUCUGCUCCAUCUCCCACAGAGCUUAGGAUCCCCCCAGCCUGCAUCGCCCUAGGAUUGUGCAUCAAACUACCAAAGAGAAAGCAUCCAGACACUCAUCUCCUCCUGACCCGGUGCCUGUGGUCACCAGUGCAGCUAAAGAACCCAGUGGGUUUUCACUUCCAUAGACACAAGGUUCCUAUAAGGGGCUCUGGGUGCUGUGCCCGGCACCCCAGCCUGGCAUGGGGCUGCUGGGUGCACUCUGCCCAGGUCACCCCAAAGCAGCCUUUGGGCUGGGGACAUCUCUUGGGGUGAUGGGUGGUCUUAGAGACAGGGGGUGAAUGACCCAGUGUGAGCCCAGUCUCUGCUGCUGCAUGUCCCAGGCCCCAGGGCCUCAUCCCUUGCUCCAUCAUCUGUCGCAGAUGGAGGGUGGAGAAGGAUGAGCCGUGAGUAACCAGCAGUUGCUGGAGCACGUCUGGGGUUGAAAUAGCAGGAUAUGAGGUCCCAGAACAGAAGAUGCCAUAUUUUUCUGUCUGGCAAGUCCUUACCCUUCUCUGUGCCUCAGUUUCCCCAUCUGUAAAGUGGGGGAGAAGACACCAACCUACCUCACAGGGCUCAUGUGAGGACCCUGUGGAGCACCUGGAGGACAACGAGUGCUUUACAAACACAUGUUCAACUUUCACCAAGUGGGGGACCAGGUUCCCAGAGUCACUGUGGGGCAUGGUGACAACCGCGGCUCUCCGCCUCUUCCAUCACUAAAUCCCACUGGGAACCAUGCUGGGAACAGACAAUGCACACAGCAGUCAGGGGCUGAGGAUGCCCAGGGACCACCAUUGUGUUUUGCCUGCAGGCUUCAUCCCAAGGGUUGAAGCUGUUUUGCCAUUGGGGGCUUCUGGAUCUAAAUCCAUCCUGGGGGCUCCUGGGGCUCACAGGGAGGUGCCAGAAGGACCUUUCCAAGGCCAUUUUAUCUCAGCUUCUUGCUGAAAAUCCAGGGCAGGGCAGAUGCCCAGGUGGGAAUGGGUGGCUGGGCUCCAUUGGGGACAUCGCCACGCUGCCUUGAGCCCAGAUUUGCCAAGUGGGCUUCUCUGUAAUUGAUAAAUCCUCCCUCUUCUCUUGCCUCCUAAAUCCUUCCCUCACAAAGCAGGGAGCGCAGAGCAGGUUAUGGGAUUGCCCUCCUGUUUUAUACUAAUUCUAAAUGACUCCUAACAUUCAGGAUGUCUGUGGAGGAGAGUUUGAGGGAUCUUUUUAGCAUCUCACAUUUUCACUGUCCAUUCUUGUUCGAUCAGUAUUUUAUAUUUAACACAGUACUGGGUCAAAUAAACACAAAUGUAUGGAAGAUAACGCUAAUGAAUAUUGUUUCCUGUGGAGUAGGAUUGAAAUAAAACCUCAAGAUACCUCA